AUGGUGGUUAAAGUGUAUGGACCCGAAUAUGCUUCAUGUAAGCGUGUAAUUGUUACCCUUAUUGAGAAAGAGAUUGAAUUUGAGGUUGUUGAUAUCGAUGCCUUUAAGAACGAAAACAAAAGCCUAGAUUAUCUCAAGUUGCAGCCUUUUGGGCUUCUUCCUGCCAUCCAAGAUGGAGACUACACUUUAUUCGAAUCCAGGGCAAUAAUCAGGUACUAUGCAGAAAAGUACAAGUCUCAAGGAACUGAGUUGUUUGGAAAAACAAUGGAGGAGAAAGGCAAAGUAGAACAAUGCUCCAAACUAGGAAUCACACCAGAUCAAAAAGUCAUUCAAGAGAACGAGGUGAAACUGGAAAAAGUUCUGGAUAUCUAUGAAGAAAGGUUGUCGACGAACAAAUACCUGGCUGGAGAUUUCUUCAGUCUGGCUGAUCUUAGCCACCUCCAACUUGGUCAUUACUUGCUGAAUGGCGUUGGGAAAGAGUACAUGAUAAGGGAUAGAAAACAUGUGAGUGCAUGGUGGGAUGUUAUCAGCAAUAGGCCAUCUUGGAAGAAAGUUCUUCAACUCUUUCCUUAUCUAAAUUGA